CUGAACAGGACUGGGAGUUAAUAACCAAAGUCCUUCGCUGCUGACAGGAAACGCGCAUUUUACAGUUUUUUCAGGUAACAGCGAUGGUGGAUAUACCGGCUAUACCCUUAGAUGUAAAUCGGAGGGCAGUGUGUGCCGGAUGCCAUCGGCUGAUCAGAGACAGAUUCCUGCUCAGAGUCACUGACGGCCUGUGGCAUGAGGACUGUGUGCGGUGCGCAGCGUGCGGGGACGCGCUCAGGAACUCCUGCUUUCUGCGGGACCGCAAACUUUACUGCAAACGGGACUAUGCCGACCUGUUUGCAGUGCGUUGUGCAGGGUGUGCAGAAGCCAUCUCUCCUGCAGAGCUGGUGAUGCGUGCGGGGGCCGCUGUGUUCCACCUGCGCUGUUUCACCUGCAGUGUUUGUUCCUGCCGCCUGCAGACUGGAGACCGCUGCGUCCUCCGGGAGGGACAGCUAUUAUGUGCCAGAGAGGACUACCACCAGUGUCUGGCCAGUCCUACCUCAUCUGAAACAGGUAAAAGUGAUGAUGAUGACGAAGAAGUUGAGGAGGAAUCUGGAAAGAUUACAGGCAGAAGAGUUAGAUCGGAUGACCUGGAGAGCAAACGUCCCAAAAGACCUCGCACUAUUCUGACCACUCAACAAAGACGGACCUUUAAAGCAUCUUUUGAGGUCUCCUCCAAGCCUUGCCGAAAGGUAAGAGAGACCUUGGCAGCUGAGACUGGUCUGAGCGUCCGGGUGGUGCAGGUCUGGUUCCAGAACCAAAGAGCCAAAAUGAAGAAACUGGCCAGGAGACAGCAGCAGCAGGAGCAGCAACAGACUCAGGAGCAGUGUGAACACCCAUCGCAUCACACAGCGCCCUCCCGUGGCAGUGUGACCUCUGAGAUGAAGCGCCUCGGGUCCUCUUACGCUCAUAUUCAGCAGCAGCAGCAGCACCAGAUGGGACUGACCACACUGGAGCAGCAGGAAUGGGACAUGGACCCCUUCAGACAGGGUCUGACCCCGCCUCAGAUGCCAGGGGAUCACAUGCAUCCUUAUGGUUUCAAGAGCUUGUACGGUGAUGUGGACAGAGACACGCUGUGUCAUAUGGCUGACAGCGACUGCCUGUCUCUGGGUGACUCCUCGCCGCUCACUCCCAUUGACCGUCUCUACUCCAUGCAGGACUCAUACUUCACCUCGUGAGGGUGGAAAUCAGACUCAGUCGGGCUGAAUUUAUCUCAGAAAUGUGGUAAUUUGGUACGUGGACAUAAAAUGUUACAAGGGAAUAGGGGUACACUCACAGUGAUACCAUGCAAUACUAUACCAUAUUCACCUCUAUACAAACACGAUUACACUUCUGCCUCUUAUGCUUUACAAUCUCCCAACAGUGCAGGCUCUUCAAACUCUCGUGUAUGUGCAUGAUACAGUCAGACCUCUCUCAUUACGUUUGAAUGCUAGACUAUGAGAGUAGAACUGCAUCCACUCAUGUAAAUAGCUGAUUGGGUGUGUAUUCGUAUUUAUUCUCAAAA